AUGCCUGUUGCUGAUUUGCUAGUCGAUGCAACGGUAGGUUAUCAAAUGCUGUCCUUCAUGGAUGCAAUUAAGUUAAGGCAUUACCUUUUGCCAGCUAGGGUAAAGAUCAUUUCCCAAACCGAUAUAAUAAAGUACAUCUUGUCUAGGCCCAUUUUAAGGGGGAGACAAGGGAAAUGGAUAUUAGCCCUAAUCGAGUAUGAUUUUGAAUACGUGCCUCAAAAGGCAGUAAAAGAACAAGCUUUGGCAGAUUUUCUAUCUGAGCAUCCAAAUUUACCUCUGGAAGAGGAUACCUUUGAAGUGCAUUUUUUGGAACUCAGACCUUGGAAACUGUCUUUUGAUGGUUCGAAAACAGACAAUGGAGUUGGGGCAGAAUAUGAGGCCUUAAUCAUAGGCUUAGAAAUAGCGAAAGAUUUGAAUAUACGAUAUCUGAAAGUCUCUAGGGAUUCACAAUUGGUCGUUCGACAAGUUACAGGGCAUUAUAAGUGCAAUCACCCAUUAUUAAGUUUGCAGCUUGAAAAAGUUCGACGUCUUGCUCAAAACUUUGAUGAGAUAUGUUUUCAGCAUAUCUUGAGACUUCAAAAUAGCGAGGCUAAUCAAAUGGCCCAAGCAGCUUCGGGAGUUAAAAUUCCUGAAGGGGACACGGAAAAAGUGAUCAGAAUCCAGAAAAGGUUUUUACCCUUCUCAGAGGAAAGGGAAAAGGAUCGAUUGGAUGUAUUGGUAAUCGACGUUUCUGAUGAUUGGAUGGUUUCAAUAAAGAAUUAUCUUCUGAAUCCUAAUGACAAAGUAGAAAGGAUUGUCAAAUGUAGAUCCAUCAAUUAUGUUCUGUUAGGACAGGAUUUGUAUAGAAGAACUUCUGAUGGUCUACUGCUGUUGUGUGUUAGUAAAGACCAAUCGAUGAGGAUCAUGGGAGAGGUUCAUGAAGGAACUUGUGGUGCCCAUCAAGCUGGUGAUAAAAUGAGAUGGUUGAUUAAGAGACACGGGUACUAUUGGCCAAACAUCCGAGCUGAUUGCAUUCGAUAUGCUAAAGGUUGCCCACAGUGUCAAAAGCAUGGACCUAUCCAGAGGAUACCUGCUCAUCAAUUGCAAUCGAUUAUUAAACCUUGGCCGUUCAGGGGUUGGGCAAUCGAUAUGAUAGGAGAAAUCCACCCAGCGUCUUCAUUACAGCACCAAUUUGUGGCAUCCGUAUUCAAUGGUAGAGAAGUUAUCCAGUAUGCUCAAAAAUAUGGUAUACAGAUUUUGAAUUCUACUCCGUACUAUGCCCAAGCUAAUGGGCAAGUCGAAUCGACAAACAAAAUUAUAAAGAAUACCUUGGCGAAGGUAAUCGAUGAUAACCCAAGAGAAUGGCACGAUCUGUUGCCCAGAGUGUUGUGGGCAUACAGAACAUCACAAAGAGAGAGUACUAGGGUAACUCCGUUCGAAUUAGUCUACGGGCACGCAGCGGUUUUGCCAGUCGAAAUUAACGUUCAGUCUCUAAGGGUGGCACGUCAUUAUGAUCCAGACUUGCAAUAUGAGGAAGCAAUGUUUUUGGACAUCGAUGGAUUGGAAGAAAAAAGGGCAGCAUUACAAGAGGCAGCCCAAACAAAAACAAGAGAUCCCAAAAAGGAUCUGACAAAAGAAAAGAUCCCAAGAAGGAUCUAA